CCGAGGUGCCCGAAGGCCGGUGGAGGUGGGGAGCCGAGGCAGAGAGACUGGAAGAGAGAGGGAAAGACAGAAACAUCGAUGUGAGAGAAACACACCAAUUAGUUGCCUCCUGCAGGAGCCCUGACCAAGGUGCCAGAGCCGGAGAGGAGCCUGCAAUCAAGCUUUCAGAAUUUCUGAGCAACCCUGGUCAGUACAAGAUGGACCCUGUCGUCUUGAGUUACAUGGACAGUCUACUGCGGCAAUCAGAUGUAUCACUAUUGGAUCCUCCACGCUGGCUCAAUGACCGUAUUAUUGGGUUUGCCUUUGAGUAUUUUGCCAACAGUCAGUUUCAUGACUGCUCUGACCAAGUCUGCUUCAUCAGUCCUGAAGUCACCCAGUUCAUCAAGUGCACCAGCAAUCCAGCGGAGAUUACCAUGUUCCUUGAACCCCUGGACCUCCCCAACAAGAGAGUUGUAUUUUUAGCCAUCAAUGAUAAUUCCAACCAGGCAGCUGGGGGAACCCAUUGGAGUUUGCUGGUUUAUCUCCAAGAUAAAAAUAGCUUUUUUCAUUAUGACUCCCAUAGCAGAAGCAACUCAGUUCAUGCAAAGCAGGUAGCAGAGAAGUUGGAGGCUUUCUUAGGUGGAAAAGGAGACAAACUGGUCUUUGUAGAAGAGAAAGCCCCUGCUCAACAAAACAGCUAUGACUGUGGGAUGUACGUGAUAUGUAACACUGAAGCCUUGUGUCAGAACGUCUUUAGACAACAGCCAGAGUCACUAUUGCAGCUACUCACUCCUACGUACAUCACAAAGAAGAGGGGAGAAUGGAAAGAUCUCAUCGCCAGACUUGCUAAAAAUUAGAUAUUGUAUAUUUGUGACUUUUGAAGUCUCAUUCUGCCUGUCCCCAUUUGUUGAAUGGCUGCAAUCUCAGUGCCUGAGAGAAGAUGCUGGAUAGAGGCAAACUUAGGAUUUUUACUUUUUCCUAAAAGAAUAUCAUCCUCUACAUUAUCCUAAUGGGAAGUUUCAUUUUAACUGUACCUUGAGAACACAAUGUUCUAUGAAAAUGUCUUGAAGUUAUUCACCAAAACCUUAAAACCAAACUAUUGUAACAUUUAUUAAUUACCUUUUGGUCUCCCUUAGCCACAUUGGCUUAUUCCAAAGGAAAAUCAGUGAUCUGUAAAACAAAUUAAGGAUACGUGAAAUCUAGAGGAAUGCAAGAAGAAAACAAUAGAAGAACCAAAAACUUGUUGCAUAGUCCACUGGCUGGAAGCAGAUCAAGAUCUAAAUAUUAAUGAGAAUUAUUCACUUCUGUGCUCUCUUCCAUUCACCAUGCAAAGCUUUCCUGGCUAUCAGCAUACCCUUUGCAAAGAUUUUGUUAUUCCAUCUUUCCCCAUCUGAUUCCUGGAUGCUUUAUGAAAGGGGGAAUCAAGUAACUUUGUUAAAUUAAAUUACUCUAGUAGACCACUUAGUUUGCUCAGUGAGUGGUCCAUUUGCUACUCUGAAUUGAUAAUAGCUUUCGUUUACCUUGUCUAUUAGCCAUGUGCACACUCCUUCCUUAUAUCCAAAGUUCUGUGGUUUUAAAACUCAGCUGAUAACUUCUCAAGGUUAUCUGUUAUUUCAGAUAAGUAUUUCUGCUUUCUGAUAGUCAGUUUUUUCUCUCCUCUUUAUCCUUAAUCUGGCAGAAUUGUUUGAUUUAUAUCAUGGUGAUUUUAGAACUACAAUUGUACCUGAAAUUUACAAACUAAAAAUUGGUUUGUUUUUGAGAUACAAAGGAGAAAGGGUGACCUUUGACCUUUUCACUUAAUUCAAAAUGCAGACAAUGUAAUUUUUAAAAUGUGGAACGAAAAGUAAAAAGAAAUUCUGUCCCUCCUAAGUCAGUGAUGUGUUUUUUCAGAGUUGUUCCUAAUAACAAAUAGAUGAUAUGUUGGGUACACCCAUUAAUUCUAUUAUUAAUGAGAGUUAGAUUGCAAUACAUAUGACACUUAAAAACCAAGAUUAGCCCUAGCUGGUUUGGCUCAGUGGGUAGAGCAUUGGCCUGCGGACUGAAGGGUCCCAGGGUUCAAUUCUGGUCAAGGGCACAUGCCUGGGUUGUGGGCUCCAUCCCCAGUAGGGGGCGUGCAGGAGGCAGCCAAUCAAUGAUUCUCUCACCAUUGAUGUUUCUAUCUCUCCCUCUC